AUGUACCUGGACGCCACGGCCUUCUCGGCCCAAGCAUACUUCGACAUAGUACUGGGUCGGCGGAAGAACCAUUUCACACUCUCCCGGAUUGGCACGGAGUCAAUGCCAACAAUGCACUUUCUCAAGACUGUCCGACUUCUGCGCGAGAGGCUGGUGCUAGCGGACGAGCAGGCGAAAGUUUCAGAUCCGACUAUUCUGGUCGUCUUGAUAUUUGCGACCCAUGCGCACAUCUUGGGCGAGCAUGAGACGGCGAUGCAUCAUAUGGAAGGACUCAAGAAGAUGGUGGAUCUAAGAGGUGGGAUCGUGGCUUUUAAGAAGAAUUCGAAGCUAGUGAUCGAGUUGCUCAGAUGCGAUAUAGGAAUCGCCUUCCACAGCGGUUCAAAGCCCUUAUUCACCUUUCCUGACGGUGCCUUUGCGGACGCUUCCUUCAUGCCGGAUCUAUGCCCAUCCCCAUACCCGCAGCCGACGACAUCGACUUUCUCAACCAAGACUCCCACGACACAAAAUACCUUGGAGACCCUCCUCGCCACCAGGAUAGAUCGGCACAUCUCCACAGUCUGGCGGACCAUGAGGACUUUCUGUAAGCAAAUCAACAUCGCCGCCCAAACCCAGAGUAAACUCCCGCAAGAACUCUUCCUCCACAGCAUGGCGUCCGUCAUGUAUCCGAUUCUCAACCUCCGCUUCUCUUCGGGAUCUCUUGAUGAAGCCCUUCGCCUCGGCCUUCUAGCAUUCUCCUCAAACAUUUUCCUCCAGUGGCAAGACGCCCGUUUACCUUGCAUGUACUUCCCUACGGCGUACAGAAGUUGUCUUGAGCUGGACCUUGAGUUUUCAUGGGACAGACAUGACAAAUCGUCGUUAUCGUCGGCCUCCUCGUCGUGCGUGGGUCAAGCCUUGGAUCAGGUCGAAUAUCGAUUUAUGUAUGAUCAAGUCGUGGAGUGA